GUAAAACACUGCGUUUCUGAGUCCACAAUCUCAUAUUGCCUUGGGUGAGAGUUCUCACUGCACACAUGCGAGUUUAGGUCCAAAGCCUUUCACUUAAUCAAUGGCACUUGAUUUGUCGACCGUGAGCGAACCACUUUUCUACAUCGGAGAAUCGGACGUCCCUCCGGAAUAUGUGUUGCUACCUGCAGACUGUAUCAGCACAUCGGGCAGUGGCGAUGUACUUUUCAGAAUAUCAGCUCUCGGGCAGUUGAUUUUGGCAGAUUUUUCGAUGGAGUUGCACAACGGCUGUUAUGUAUUAAGAAGACACCCACAUCAAUCUGAGUGUGCUGCUGAAUACUCUGAAGUGCCAACUAACCUGUCUUUGGAAAAGUGCCAGUGGACGAGCGACGAUCGUUCUCAGUGUAACAUGUGGCCGUCGUACGUCAGCGAACUAGCCGAUAAAAUGCCCCCAUCCUUUCGUGCUCCGAUGAAAGUACAGGAGCCUGAAUACUGCAUCUAUCCUUCGGAUCCGCAUGAUUGUUUGACACAGAACUUGAACCCCACAGAUCGACACAUUUCGCUUGGCUCUGGCAAUUCGGACAAUUUAAUACCGAGUGGAUCGUUUCUGUCCACUUCCGAAGAACCUGUUGAUGCCACACUACCUCGGCCACCCCCUUCGUCAAGCAACGAUGUAACUGAUCUUACUACCUCCUUGGAGCAGAAACGGACAGUGCCUGAUGCCGACCUAUCAAUUCUAAGUCAGUCAGUCCGUCAUCUGUUGCAAGCCCAUGGCCACCAUUUCACUCAAGAUAAUCCAGAGCAGUCUGGUUUAACGGACGAUAUUGUGUUAUCUGGCCAUAAUUUAUCCUCUUUGGCUAGAUUUGCCAAACAACUGACACAGCACCGAUUGCGCACCGGUCUUUCCCAACUGCAGAUGAGUCAGGAACUUGGCAAACAUUUCAACAGCGAGACUAUGUUCAGUCAAUCCUUGUUGUCAAGAUUUGAACGCCUUGAUGUUACCGUGAGAGCUGCGUUCCGUCUGUUACCCUAUCUCGAGACCUGGUUAGCACACACAAAGCAAGAAUGUACAGUCGUGAACAGCAAUGACGGCGUUGUCUCUGGUUCGUUGCGAUCUACCACCAGGAGGCCGCGAUUGCUGAGGCUCCUCCGAUCAGGGUUGACCUUGUCCACCACACAUGAUUUAUCCAAGCUCACCACAUCCUCUGUGGAGUCAGUUUCAGGACCAUCGGAACCUUCACGUGCGCAAGCUACUGAGCGUUUGUCAAAAAACUACACUUCCAACUCAGUUUGCCAUCUGAAGAAUCCGCACUCCCGACCAGAGCGCCGCAAACGGACGCACUUCUCUGAUUCUGUGUUGAUCACAUUGAUGCAAGCUUACGAAAAGAAUCCUCGUCCCAAAGUCUCUUUGUUACAGGUGCUCAACUCACACGAAUCGCUAUGGAGACAGGACAAAAUCGAGAAUCGAUUCGCAUUUGGUUUUGUAAUAGGCGUCAGGUAGACGCGAAAACUGGUGAAAAAUCAGCUUCUACUACGUAGAAAUUGUACGAUUUGACAGUAAUCACAAGAAAACCAAGAACCAUUUCGGUCGCGGUACAACGGGCAUCAUAUUCCGUGUUUCACUUUUGAAUAUGCUGUGAAACAAUCCCCAUUAUAUCUGACGGAGUUAAUUUCACAAUGAGAUGUACAUAAAUAUUUUCUGAUUGUA